UCCAGCACUGUUUAGAGUAUCGCAGCCAACUUUAGUUCGUACAUGACUCUGCGGCUUUGACAAAAACAAUUCAUUUUCAUUCGGAAAUUAUUUCCCAGUUUGAAUUUAAUUGCUACGUGAAUCAAAAAUAAAAUUAAAGAUGCCUACUGAAAACCUUGAGGAGCAGGGUCUGGAGAAGAACCCAAACUUGGAGCUGGCACAAACGAAGUUUCUUCUGACGCUUGCGGAGCACAAACAAGAUGCAGCUCUCAAGUCAAAAUUGCUAGAUGCCAUACGAGCGGACAAUAUGGCUCCAUGGUACGAGCAUAUCUGCACCGAGUUAAACUGGACUGUGGACAAGGAGAUGCUCACACGUAUGCGCGAACAAAACCGUAUUGCCAUCGAGCAGUUGGAUGCCGCCAUUGAGGAUGCAGAGAAGAAUCUCGGCGAGAUGGAGGUUCGCGAGGCCAACCUCAAAAAGUCGGAGUACUUGUGUCGCAUUGGUGACAAAGCAGCUGCUGAAUCAGCCUUUCGCAAGACCUAUGAAAAGACUGUGUCCUUAGGUCACCGCCUGGACAUUGUCUUCCAUCUGAUUCGCCUUGGUCUGUUUUAUUUGGAUCACGAUUUAAUAACACGCAACAUCGAUAAAGCAAAGUAUCUGAUUGAGGAGGGUGGCGACUGGGAUCGUCGUAAUCGCCUAAAGGUCUACCAGGGCAUCUACUCGGUUGCCGUCCGUGACUUCAAGGCAGCGGCCACCUUCUUCUUGGACACUGUCAGCACCUUCACCUCGUACGAGCUUAUGGACUACCCCACGUUUGUUCGUUACACCGUUUAUGUAUCCAUGAUUGCCUUGCCGCGCAACGAGCUGCGCGAGAAGGUGAUUAAGGGAUCUGAGAUACAGGAAGUGCUGCAUGGCCUGCCGGAUGUGAAACAGUUCUUGUUUUCCCUGUUCAAUUGCCAGUAUGAGCAGUUCUAUGUGCAUUUAGCCCGUGUGGAAAAGCAACUGAGAGCAGAUUAUCUCGUCCAUCCCCACUAUCGGUACUAUGUGCGUGAGAUGCGCAUUUUGGGAUACACACAAUUGCUGGAGUCAUAUCGCUCACUUACUCUGCAAUACAUGGCCGAGUCAUUUGGCGUCACCGUGGACUACAUUGAUCAGGAGCUGGCUCGUUUUAUUGCGGCUGGCCGCUUGCAUGCUAAGGUGGAUCGCGUUGGCGGCAUUGUGGAGACGAAUCGACCCGACAACAAGAAUUGGCAGUAUCAGGCCACCAUUAAGCAGGGUGAUCUUCUGCUUAAUCGUAUUCAGAAGCUAAGCCGUGUUAUAAAUAUUUAAGCCCAUUCUGUAAUAGCAUAGACACUCACACACCCAAGAACAUAUGAAAUUUAUUAAAAAAUUCAAGUAAUUACAGUGUAAAACUAACAUUACAUAAAACAAUA